ACGAGACAGCACAGCCCGGAGUACAGCGACGAGACAUACCGCUGGAAACGAAUAAGCAGAGAAAGGCACCCAAGAAAGCCAAGAAGAGAUCGGAGGGAGGCGGCUCCAACGUAUUCUCCAUGUUUGAACAGGCUCAGAUCCAGGAGUUCAAAGAAGCCUUCACCAUCAUGGAUCAAAACAGAGACGGCUUCAUUGACAAGAAUGACCUGAGGGACACUUUCGCUGCUUUAGGCCGUGUAAAUGUCAAGCAAGAAGAGAUUGAUGAGAUGCUGAAGGAGGCACCAGGACCCAUUAAUUUCACAGUGUUUCUCACCAUGUUUGGAGAGAAGCUAAAAGGUGCCGACCCGGAGGAGACCAUCCUCAACGCGUUCAAAGUCUUCGAUCCGGAGGCGAAAGGAACGUUAAGGAAAGAUUUUGUGACCGACAUGUUGACCACUCAGGCGGACAGGUUCUCCCCUGAAGAGAUGGAACAGAUGUUUGCAGCAUUCCCACCAGAUGUAGCGGGAAACCUGGACUACAAAAACCUGGUCCACGUCAUCACGCAUGGCGAAGAGAAAGACCAAGAGUAGAUGACUCCUAAGAUUUCCCUGUGGACGUUUAAAGGGAGACACCCCAAGUGAAUAGAGUAGAAGCUUCUUAUAGAUAUUACCAUGACGCUUCCCCAGUUGAGUACUUAUAUUAAGGAAUAUUUCUAAAAUGUUAUGUUUACAAAUGCAACUGAGGUACUAUUAGGUGCUAACCUUUGGUGAAUUUAGGAGAAAUAUACAUACACAAACAGACAGAGUAGGAGAAUAAAUGUGUAUUUUGGAUGUUUUCUCUGCACUUAUCAAAAGGGAGAAAAGUUCUGGAAGUAAAAUAGCCCUGAAUCUCAAAAUUGACCAAUGCAUGAAAAAUGUUUUAGCCUGUGGUGCCUCCCCCUAAAUGAAUGGGUCAUGUUUGUACAGAAAUAUCACAAUAUCAACAGCAUAAAAACAGAUUAAACAGAAACCAUUUCACGUUUCAUAUUCAUUUACAUGAAUUACAUCAUUUUGCAUUAAUGUAUUAAGCAUUAUAUGUCAGUGUGUUUAUAGGUACAUCUUAUACUAUGCUAUCCACAUGUGAUCUCUGUAUGUAACAGUUCAAAUAAAAAAUCAAUGAGACCACAGAAAUGCUAUGCUAUGAGAAAUGUUUGCUGAAUGAAUACACAAAAGGAGGGUUGGUAUCACUGAAGAAGAUAAUUGCAAAGAUCCACUCUUGAUGGUGUGCGGGAUUCUUCCCGUGGUCAGGAGGUUAAACAUGCAGCAGGCCUGUGAGGAUGUUCGCUAAUCCCAGUGUGAGAAACAACAAUUAUUAUUUUACAUUUGGCUCAAGGGGAUUUGUGUGCAGCUUCACUUCCCAUUGUUGCAACAGAGAAGCUGUUGCAGUCAUGAUAUUUAAUUAGCCAGUGCUAAUAGUCCAGUGCUGCCUUUGCAGCAGUGUUUUAAGAUAUCUGUAUUUGAGUUUGAGCUCGGUUGCUCAAUAAUGGGCAAAUGCACUCUGGCUGGACGGUGAUGAUCAGAGUAGCACAGUGUCAAUUUAGGGAGGAACCUUUUCCUUAACUAAGAGUCCAAACGCUGCUUUAACUUGUACCUUGUAAGAUUAAAAUACAUAUAUAUUAAGUUAUAUUGUUUUGCAAUCAAAAAGUAAUAAGUGAUUAUAGUUAACGUGCAUAGUAAUUUAAUAGUUGUUCCAUUUGUUUAAGUUAAAAGGGUGACUAUUGUUUUUUGUUUGCCAGGCUUGGCUAACCUACAAGAGAUUGGAGUUUCAUAGCAGUACCCUCCUAUGAAAUCUAAAUUUAGCGGCUGAAAAAUGCUGAAACAUGUAUGAAUUUCUUCCCUGUAAAUAUAUCAUCACUGCCAAAACACUGGAGGGCUUGAAUAGUUUGUUGUCGUCUGAUUUUUAGUAACCAGACUAUUGCAACACUUAAAGUCUUGAUUUGAUUUUUUAAAGAAGAUCGGCAUAUACAUGCUGCUGAAUAAUGAAUAAUAAUUACAGCAUCCAUCAUUGACCAUUAUCCAUUUGUUCCCAAAAUGUUGCUGUACAAAUGAUUUACGUAGCUAUUCCAGCACCAUGUUAUUACCAAUACAACUAUAUUAUUGCUUAAGACUGACUAAUGAUUGAGCUAGUGUAUAAUUACACAGUAAUAAGCAGCUGUCUAUUUUGUAACGACAUCAACCCGGUGUAAAAUACUAAACUACUCACGCUGUUCUCAGGGGAGCUGCUUCCAUCCGUGCAUCAAGUAUUUUAGGAUCAUGGGAUUUCCCCUUAAAUUUGACAUAUUGUAAAAUACAUCUCAAUUGAACAACUGAUCUUUGAUUGGAUGUGCUGUUGUUAGUACCAUAACUAGACUUCAAUUGAUUUAAAAUGCUUUAGCAAUACAUUUGAGAGAAUCACUGCACCAAGUAUGUAAAUUAUUUUUUAUUUUUUUAAAUACUAUGCAACUAUGUUGCAUUAAAACAAUCUUACAUUCUCAUCAAUUAGGUAUAUAUAUAAACAUAUACAUAUUUAAUUCACACCCUCAGAAAUAGCUUUACAAACAAUCCUUUCGAAAAGCUGAACAUUUAUGUUAGCGUUGUUCCAUAAUUUAACUCCUACAAUAAAGAUACAUCUUUUAAUCCCUUUUUCUGACUGUGACUUUGUUUGCAUUAUGUUAUAAUUUACCAAAUCAUUAAAUUUCAUAACAUGAGAUUUUAAAAACAAUGGAUGUGUGUGCUCGAAGUAAAAGAGGUAAGAAUGUCUCUCUUAAAAAUGAUGCCUGAUGCUCAUAAUAAUCAAGUCGAUGUUGUUUCUUUUUUUACCCUCCAAAAACUCAUAAUCUGUAUCCAGGUUA